UGUAAAAACGGCCAGCAAAAAUGCAACCCUGUUUUGCCCCCUUUUAGUGAUUGAAGAAAAAAAAUUGGACGGAAAUUAUAAUUCUUAAAAAUUUCUCUGCAAAUAACUUCACAAAACUAUUUCAUUUUUUUAGCUUAAAAGUAUUUCGUUUCAAAGAAAAUAUGUCUCUCAUAAAAGACAACUAUAACGGUAAAUGGCGCAAUGCCGCUGACCUUGAAAAUGCUGUCACUAAUAUGGAAAAUAAUUUAGAAAAUAUGAAUAAAACCUUUAUAAAUAAAAUGUUAAAGGCAUUAAGCUCUUUAAUGGUAACAGUGCAGCAUAAAGAAGCUAACAUUUUCAAUGUGGCACUCAGGUGGUUUCGUUUAUAUUUGAAAGUUCUCACCACGAUUAAUCCCAAUAAUAGAAAACUAUUGAAACAUUAUGAAAAUACAGUGCCCACAAUAAUAACAUAUAUCAUUGGAUGUUUACAAUAUAAAUCAAAAGAAAUGCCAAACUAUCAUUAUGAUUUAUUGGAAAUAUUAGAAGAACUUUUGGAAAAUGUACAAGCCGAGGUAUUGAGUGAAAUAACGAAAUUCGAAAUUGGUACCAUAGGUUGCUUAUGGAAUCCCAUAGAUCUGGCGGGAGAUUUUAAUACACAAUCAAAAGCUUUAAAAAUACUAACGAUACUUUUAAAACAAUUCGAUGGAAUUAGACAAAAUGAAGAGUUAAAAUGUAUUAAAUGGACAAAUUUAAAUUUAUUUCAAGAUAAAUUAAAAACUAUUGUUCAAGAGACACAAUUAACACAUGUUAUAGAAAAUACUACUCGCGAAUUGCUAAAUAAUUAUAAUAUGAAUUUAUCCAAAAAUGUUAUGGUUUAUUCAUUUUAUUGUACAACGGUAUUAAUGGACAAUAAAUAUACAUUUUAUAAACCUUUGAAUCUUCAAAAGUUUUGGAUUGAUAUAAACUACAGCCCGAAAACAUUGUCUUUUAAGGCGCGUUUUAAACUGUACCCUAAAUCGAAAUUUGAAGAUAUUAAUGUUAUUUUAAAGAUUCAAAUAAUGAAACUGCAAAACAAUAUUUUAUUGAUUUAUUACAAAGCCCCAGGAGACUUUUCCAAACACGCCAAUCAUCUAACAAAUGUUACAGAUAAUGUAAUACAAUUUAGUCUAACCCAAGAAGAGGUUAAACGUUUAAAGUCUAAUAAUUAUGUAAUGGAAUACUUUAAUUCUUUAAAUGAAACUUCCCAAGUAAAACCUAAUAAAAAUCAAGAGAAAGAUCAACACAUCUUCAAUUUAUUAAAAAAUGAUAUGUCCACAAAUUUACAAGAUAAUAAAAGAUCAUCAAGUCUUGAAAGUGUUACAAAUUCAUUUUCAAAAACUAAGAAAACAAAAUAUGAAAAGUUAUAUUGAUUCAACUCCGGAAAAGGGGACAAAGCCUAAAAGUAAAAUGUUAUUUAAAAAGCAAUACAAUCUAAAAAUUUGAAUAUGGAUAUAGUGGAAUCUCCCAA